AUUCAAGAUGCGGAUGGGGCCAUCUAAUCAGCGCGCGCGCGCGCCAGGAGCCAUGUUAAUCCUUGAUUGAUUCCUCGCAUAGCCGCCGGCCCCGCACCGCCGAGCCCAGUUUCAUAAACAAUCGACCAGCGGUGAGAUUGGAUCGAGAAACACGUUCUCCAUUGGGGUGCUCGAGGCUCAAGCCGAUGGGGCGGACCGGCGGCGGACUGGUGGCGGUGGUGGUCGGUGCUCGUCGUCGUGUACUAGGUCGUAAAAAAAAAAGCUCGUCGGGAUUCGCGGUCCACAUGGCGGCUUCUGCUCGCGUUCGGCGCCAUUUCCGCGAGCACCCGCUCCGCUCCGCCAAUAAAUCCUUGCCCCUCGUCGGCGAAAUUCCCCGACGGAUCGAUCUUGAUUUCUCGCCGCCGUCCCCGCAUCUCUGCCACAACCUUCCUGUUUGGGAGGUCGCCAGGCCGCGCUCCCAUGGCCGUCACGGUGUGCGUCACCGGCGCCGGCGGCUUCAUCGGGUCGUGGAUCGUCAAGCUCCUCCUCGACCGCGGGUACGCCGUCCGGGGCACCUCCCGCCGCGCAGAUGACCCCAAGAACGCGCACCUCUGGGCGCUCGACGGCGCGGCGGAGGGCCUCACGAUGCUGCAGGUGGACCUGCUCGACAGGGCCAGCCUCCGCGCCGCCUUCGACGGCUGCGACGGCGUCAUCCACACCGCCUCGCCGAUGCACGACAUCCCCGAGGAGAUCAUCGACCCAAUUAUCGCCGGGACGCGGAACGUCGUCGAGGCCGCGGCCGACGCCGGCGUGCGGCGCCUGGUGUUCUCCUCCACCAUCGGCACCAUGUACAUGAACCCGCACCGCGACCCCGACGAUCCCCUGGACGAGUGGAGCUGGAGCGACCUCGAGUACUGCAAGAGGACCGCGCACUGGUACUGCUACGCGAAGACGAUCGCGGAGCAGAGCGCGUGGCAGGCGGCGCGGGCGCGGGAGCUGGACCUGGCGGUGGUCAUCCCGGUGGUGGUGCUCGGCGAGCUGAUGCAGCCAAGCAUGAACACCAGCACCCUGCACAUACUCAAGUACCUCACCGGCGAGGCCAAGAAUUACGUCAACGAGUCGCAGGCGUACGUGCACGUCAAGGACGCUGCAGAGGCGCACGUCAGGGUGCUCGAGGCGCCCGGCGCCGGCGGGCAUCGCUACGUCUGCGCCGAGCGGACUCUGCACCGCGGCGAGCUGUGCCGAAUGCUCGCUGAACUCUUCCCGGAGUACCCUGUUCCGACGAGGUGCAAGGAUGAGGUGAAUCCACCAAAGAAGGGCUACAAGUUUACAAACCAGCCUCUGAAGGACCUAGGCAUCAGGUUCACACCUGCGCAUGAGUACCUCUAUGAAGCAGUAAAAUCCCUGCAACAAAAGGGUUUUCUCCCCAAGGCCAAGGCUUCUGUCACAGAGGUGACUGAAAGUCGCAGUUCCCCGCCUCAAAAGUUGCAACUGGGGAUGUUGAUUUCAAAUCUUUGACAGAUUUGCACACGAAGUGACCAUGUAACACGCCGACGUGUUAAUUUGAUUUCAAACCUCAGAAUAAGUGUAGUGCAGUGGUUAAUUUGAUUGGUUAAAUUUUUGGUGGCCUGCUCUUAUAGGGUCAUAGGACUGUGCAACUUAAUUUUGUACGCUAUACUAUUCUCUGCCAUGCAUCAAAUCAUUCCUCAAAUUUACUUUUUUUUUACAAUAAAAUGCCAGGAGUUAUAAA